UUGCAGUACCUCUCCAUCACCUUUAGAGUGAUGUCUCAUGUGGUUACGAUUUAUCGAAGCAAGUCUUCUGAUCUGGUCUGCAAUGCACCUAGCGAAUGGAAGGACUUCACGGUAUUCGUGGCAUGUGUGGGAGUGGGGAACGUUGGACAGCUUGCCUGUGAUCUUCUGAUACACAACCUGAACUGCGUACUAGCAGGAAGCCUGGACUUCGCUUGUUUGCCUGCCGUAGUCGGCCCGGAUCCGUUCUCAAGUUCUCCUAAGGAAGACUCCCUGCUGACUUGCUCCCAAAUCUACACAAACAAUGGGCGCAGAAUUGCAAUACUCCAAAUUCGCGCUCCACCCUUUUCCAAAUGUCAAGGGAAGCACACUGAAGAACUAGCUCAAUUUCUAUUCAAGGCUCAGUUUUCGCGUGUUAUACUACUGUCGAGCAGCUUUGCUAUGCAGCGCAAGGAUGCCGAGCUGAUGGCAUCACCACUUCGUUACGCGAUAACAGAAAAUUUUAAUAUUGCGGACGUUCAGAGGCUAAAAUCCAAACAAUGGCCGGUACUGCUGGAGCACACAGAAGACCUGGAAGAUGACUUGCCAGCUAGUAAACGUCGUGCUCGACCAACAUAUCGACUUCUUGGCUGUGGUAUUGCCAGUCGUCUGUUCGAUCGAUUGAGCAAGGGUCCCGAAGGCCAACUGCCGGUAUGCCUUCUAAACAUCUUCGCUUCCGAGGGAGACAAUGCUGGUGACGCCCUGUACAUGGUACAUCAGUUGAGUGAUUGGUUAGUACUCCUGGACAACUCAAGCGCUGAUAAGACUCCUCAUGAAGUUUGGUUACCACCUCCUUCGUGGUCCUUAUUGUAUGGAACCAGUGCCUUGGAGUCAUUGUACUAA